CAGCUAAACCCACUUGACAUUCCACUUAAUUGUUCCAUGGGAGAUCUAACAAAAACAUGCCCGGAUAACUAUUAUCCAAAAGGAUUUAUAAUGCAUGAUCAAGAACAUAUAUCAGUAGCUCAACACAUGUGCCCAGAGUUCUUCCGUUGGAUUCAUGAAGAUCUCAAGCCAUGGGUGAAGACUGGGAUAACAAAAGAGAUGGUGGAGAGAGCUAGAAAACCAGCCACUUUUCGUUUGGUGAUAUUGAACGGAAGGGCUUAUGUGGAGAAGUAUAAAAAAACAAUCCAAACACGAGACGUUUUCACAAUAUGGGGAAUCUUACAGUUACUAAGAAGGUACCCUGGAAAGGUGCCUGAUUUGGAUCUAAUGUUUGACUGUCUUGACUAUCCAGUCAUUCAAAAGAAAGAUUAUCAUCAGUUAGAUUCAACGUUGGCUCCACCACCAUUGUUUCGCUACUGUAGUGAUGAUUACUCUUGGGAUAUCGUUUUUCCAGAUUGGUCCUUCUGGGGUUGGGCCGAAAUUAAUAUCAAACCGUGGGAGCCUUUGUUAAAGGACCUUGAUUUAGGCAACAAAAGGACUAAGUGGAUCGAUAGAGAGCCUAAUGCAUACUGGAAGGGUCCAUGGGUUGCAAAACACAGAAAGGAUCUCCUUAAAUGCAACCUUUCCGAGACACAAGACUGGAAUGCACGUCUCUAUGUCCAGGACUGGAAUCAUGAAGCACAGGAGGGAUUUAAGCAAUCGCACUUGGCCAACCAAUGUACCCACAGAUUUAAAAUCUAUAUCGAGGGAAGUGCAUGGUCUGUGAGUGAGAAAUAUAUUCUUGCUUGUGACUCGAUGACAUUAUUGGUGACUCCAAAUUACUAUGAUUUCUUCACAAGAGGGUUAAUGCCUGUCCAACACUACUGGCCCGUAAAGAUGGAUGACAAGUGUAGAUCUAUCAAGUUUGCUGUUGAAUGGGGAAACAAUCAUAAACAAAAGGUUAAUGAAAUUGGAAGGGCAGCAAGUAACUUUAUUCAAGAGGAUUUAAAAAUGGAUAAUGUAUACGACUACAUGUUUCAUCUAUUGAGUAGAUAUUCUAGGCUCAUGAAAUACAAGCCUACAGUACCCCAGAACGCAGUCGAACUUUGUUCAGAGACAAUGGCUUGUACUUCAGAAGGGCUUGCUAAACAAUUCAUGGAGGAGUCUACUGUCAAAGGACCUGCAGAUGUUAGCCCAUGCAUCAUGCAACCUCCAUACGAUCCUCAAACUCUUAAAUUCAUACAUGAUAGAAAAAUGAACUCAAUUAAAGAAGUUGAGAAAUGGGAAAAGGACUACUACGAAAAGAUAAAUCAGUUGUAG